AUGACUGCAAAAAAAGUCUUGAAAAAGGUGAAGAGAAGGAUAAGAAGGAAGAUAAGCCAAUUAAAUAGUUUUGAUUAUGAAUUAAAAAAAUUAUUUAUCCAAAUUGAUAAAAGAAGAAUAACAAAUAAAACCGAGAAAUGUGAUUCCUUGCAUAAGAAACAUAUUUCACUGGUAGAAAAAUGUGGAAAAUCUCUUAAAGUUUUACGUCGUUUUAAAAACGUGCGUGCGGUGAACUAUUUAGUUCUUACCGUAAAACUUCACUCCGGGGAGUUCUUAGCUUUAAAUAUAGACAAAAAAAAAGAUUUUAAUGAUGAGAAUCGCUCGCAAUCACAACAACAUCGAAGGCAAAAAAUUCCUUAUUUAAAUUUUGACAUUUUGCACUGGCAGUUAGAUAGUUUGCUUGCUACAGUCUCGUUGUUGAAUGAGCAAUAUGAGAUAUCAAUAUUAAUUAAGGAAAUAGUUGAAACUCUCCUUGCACCUUAUAAAAAAGAAAUAAAUACAAGUCAAGAUCGCCAUAGAAUAAAAAUGAUUCUUCAUAAGCAAUUAAGGUUAAUAGCUAUGAACUAA